AUGUCGUCAGAGCCGUGCCUUUUGCGUCUCCGGGCAUCAACGCGCCUAAUUAUAGGGGCAAUAGCCUUGGCUGUGUUCACGGACAUGUUCUUAUAUGGCAUUGUUGUUCCUGUCAUCCCGACUGCGCUCGAGCAGAGAGUGGGCCUGGCUCCUGGAAGUCGUCAACGCUGGACUUCCACACUUCUUGCUAUCUAUGCGGCCGGUCUGCUGAUUGCUUCGCCUGUCUUUGGUUUGCUAGCUGAUCAGACCAACUCUCGUCGUAUUCCCCUUCUCUUCGGGCUGAUCGCUUUUGCAGUCGCGACCGCCCUUCUCUGUGUAGGGACGAAUCUCGGGUUAUGGAUCGCCGGGCGUCUAUUCCAAGGCAUAUCAGCUGCCAUGGUCUGGACGGUGUCUUUAGCUCUCCUGGUGGACACUGUCAAUGAGACUCAAAUUGGAAAGGCUAUGGGAGUUGUUGGAACGGCAAUCAGUGUCGGUACAAUGCUUGGCCCGCUUCUUGGAGGCGUCCUGUACCAGCAUGGCGGGUAUUACUCGGUCUUCGGGUUAGCGUUCGGUGUUAUAGCCAUCGAUUUGCUUUUGCGGUUGGCCAUGAUCGAGAAACGACACGCUCAAAAAUGGCUACCCGCACCUAGUGCUAUGAACGAGACAGCUCACUCUAGUAGCCGGCAGCAGGAAUCGCAGGCAUUAGGAGGCGGUGUCACUCAUCAUCAAGUUGCUGGUGGCGAUACGUCGACAAACAGCCCAGUUCAGGUCGGCCACUUGCAGCCUCUUCUAAUCCUAAUUCGUUCUCCAAGAAUGGCCAUCACGCUGUUUGCGUACUUUGUCAUGGCGAGCCUUAUGACCGCAUUUGACAGUGUGUUGCCGCUCUUCGUGAAAGAAACCUUUGGAUGGGGCCAGACAGGGGAAGGCUUGAUUUUUGUUCCAUUGUUUCUCCCACACUUUUUGGAGCCUCUGGCAGGUGCGGUUCUCGAUCGGUUUCCAGCCUCUGGUAGAUAUCUUACCGCUGGAUCUCUGCUAGGAAUGACUCCCUUUUUGGUACUGCUUCGGCUCGUUACCCAUGACUCCGUUGAGCAAAAGAUAUUGCUUUCUGCUCUGCUUAUUCUAAUCGGAUUAACCUUUGCUGCUGGGCUACCCCCGUUGCUGGCUGAAGUAUCCUACCUAAUCGAUGCGAAGCAAAAAGAGUAUCAAGGUAUAUUCGGGGCGCAUGGAGCGGUAGCUCAAGGCUAUGGGUUGUUCAACUGCGCGUUUGCCGCUGGAAGCCUUGUUGGUCCCAUUUGGGCGGGCAUGAUUCGGGAUGAAUAUGGCUGGGGAACAAUGAGUUGGUCACUUGGUGUGCUAAGCAGCUUCGCAUCAGUUCCAACUUUACUCUUUCUAGGGGGAAGCAUUUCUUCGAGAUCAUAGCAGGCACAUCAGGCUGCGCAUGUGCGCACAAGAUCAUACUAGAUUCCCACGUACAAAAUAAUUGCCAUCCCGGCUUGCGGCAUCCCAGCGUUCGGGGUAGCAGUCGGCACGAGAGGUGGGGAAGCCGGUACACUUCUCAAGGGUAUCCGGUUUCCUUGCGGGAAACUGUAACACCAAAUGCCUGGUGACAAUGCU